CCCCACCCCGCCCCCGUGGCUGGAGAGGGGCGGCUCCAACUCAGCUGCUGAGCCUUUCUCUGCAGAAAUUAGGGGCGGUGAGGGGAUCCCUUCGGUGACUGGCAGAAGGCAGGGCCACCUUUUCUAAGAGCGCCAGCCCUUCCCUCGACCAGAGCCUCUUGGAGCUCAGCUCGAGCCGACAAGAGGGUUUGUCGCCGAUAGCCACACCGUGCGUUCCUGGCUUCGUUUGGCUGGACUGGUCGACGGAGCCCCUGCCGCGAGAGAGCCUGUGCUGCGCUCUGCUAGAGCCGCCAGUGGCAGAGAUCAUGGGAAAACUGACACUCCUGGGAUAGCAAGUCCCUAAACUGGCCCUCCUUGUCUACUUACCUUCUCGUGCUCCAUAUCUUCCAGUGCCUGAAUUUGCAACUACCAAAGUUUGGCCAUCGUGUGAAAUGAACAACAUGAUCAUGGUGUGGUAUCACUGUGAUGGCACGAGCCCAGCAUGGCAAGUCGCCGAGCAGGAAGAGGCAUCAUCGCCCAACUGGGUCUUCCGGGCUGGAACGGAGCACUUUGUCAGCGUGCACAUUGAGGAAAUUCCAGAGAAUGCUGCCGAUGUAGCCCACCUUUCCUUUCUCCAUAAUCCCUCGGUCAUAAGUGGAAAUGACCUGCGCUUCACAGACAACCACCGCUGGGCAUUUUUCAGGCACACCUGGGAGGCAGAGUGGCAGCCUGAGCCGGAGCCCAACGGACACUGUUCAGUCAUGCUUCUGACCCACCACGUGCUGCUCUUUGGCAAGCCCAUCGCCUUCCUAGAUCUGCAUGUUUCGGCCAGGCAGAUUGGUCCUGGGUUGGUUAUGAUGGCCCUGAGUCACGCGUUCCUGGGCAAGGGGCUGAUCAUUCAGACCGUCACCCCUCUAGAGCCACUUUUGCAGCACGUCGUCCACCAGAUCUACUUCCCACGCAACGUACCCUCCUUCAUUGCCAAGCUGAUCCUAUGGGCAGAGCAGGUCCAGUUUGAGCGGGAUGUUAUGAUCUGGAAUAACAAGAGGUUCCUCUCCAAGCCGCUGCUGGUGAAGGAAGAUGCCGCCAUCCUGAGGCACCGGCGCUGGUUCUCCCAGUUCUACAGCCAGAACAGCCAGAAACUCAGUGCCCAGAAGGGACAGCUGGAUUGGUGAUGCCCCCACUAGUCUUAGGGACACCCAAUACUACUACUUCCACUGGCAGAGCCCACAAACUCUUGUGUGUGGGAGGGAGGGGUGAAUCUUACUUUUGGGAGCCAAGGAGGUUCCUGGGCCAGAGGAGAGAUGGAUGUGAAUUUGGCUCAUGGAAUUCUCCAGAAUCAAAUGGCGACGAUCUGCAGAAGCAUUUGGAAUGGUGUCCCCCCCCCCCCCAGACCCCAGCAGCUGUUUUUUGCUGGUUCUCAAGAUGGCAAUGGGCUUUUUGACUUUUUUGCCUCUUGACAACAUUGCGGAUAUAAAUUGUGCCUCAGGCCUUGCUUUUUAGCUGCAAGUGCGUUUUCUAGCUUAAGGAUAUUUUGCUCCACAAUUGGGAGUGGAGACUAGAAAUGCAACCCCAGCAGGAAGGACAGACUGAAGAGAUUUGCCGAUGGGAGGAAACAUCCAGAAGUCAUCAAGGCAAGAUUUUCUAACCUCUUGUCCUUUUUGUUGCACGAAUGGAACAGGAGCAAUCCAGAACAACUCUUCUUUCACUGCCCAUUUUGUUACAGAACGAAAUAGGCAGAAAUAAAAUUCCUCCUGCUCAGCAGAGCAUAAAUCA